CGUCUCCGCGAAGUCACCGAUCCCACAUCGUCUCCAUCUGUCCUUAAAGAAGAGAACCCAUACCACCAUCUCCGUAUCACUGUUACCAGCGGAGGAUGCCAUGGGUUCCAGUAUAUGAUGUCCCUGGAGGCCGCUUCCAAGAUCGACCUGGAAGAAGACACCGUCUUCGAAGCAGAAUACUCCCCUGAGGAAGGAUCGGCUGAGGCCGCCGGCCAGGCCAAGGUAGUCAUGGACGAGCCGUCUUUGGAGCUCCUGUACGGAAGUACAGUGGACUACACUAUGGAGCUGAUCGGCAGUCAGUUUAAGAUUGUUGAUAAUCCCCGGGCGACGAGUAACUGUGGCUGUGGGACUAGUUUUGAUGUGACUGAUUGA